AGAUCAUAAAUAUUAGACAUCUGUUAAAAGGUGAUACAGUUUUCAAAUUGUUCCAAGAGUGACGAUACAUCCUAAAAAAAGUCAAAUUGAUGAUUUAAGAAAGAGGCAGGAAAUACUAUUCCCGUGUUAGGUACAACAGUAAUAUACAGUUUGCCAUGGAAACGCAAACAGAAAGACCAAAAUUAUCAUUCUCCAUUGACAAUCUCAUUGAAAGAAAAGGACACAAAAAUGAAGCCAGUAAAGAUGCUCAAAUUGUUUCGAGAAAUGUAGAUAAAGACGAUGUAAUCGCGAAGGAGAGGAAAACACCAGUUUACAUUGGAGGGGAUAGCAAUCAUACAGAUAAAACCUUGCCGUCUAAAAAUACUUCGCCACAUUCUUACAACAACUGGUUAAUAAGUCAUGAUACAGCAAAGAAAGAAAUUGUUUCACAGCCUUUCGAUAAUUAUUAUGGCCUUCAAACAUUGGUGCACCCAGCUUUUACCAUGGGGAGAGUGCCAAACGAGGAAUACCAAGCUUACCUGUUAAGAUACUACUCACUUCUACCAACAAACACUUUAACAUCUUUUGGCAAAUAUUUAGACCUGAAGAGUCCAUCUUUAAAGAGAUAUCCAAGUACCACAAAGGCUAGCCGUUUUGAACUACAAGACAAGAUGCAGACGAAUCUUACCAGUGAGAAGAUAACACCAGUUAGAGACAUUAACGACAACACAAAAGAAAACCCUCUCUCUGAUUUUAUUAAAAACGAGAAAGAAUCCACAAAGGAAGUUGAUGAUCCCGUUAAAAUUCAGCAAAGUAAAGGAAAGAAGGUCGUCUCAAAGACACAGAAAACUUUUACAUGUCCAGAAUGUGGUAAAAUCUUCAAUGCACACUACAAUCUGACAAGGCACAUGCCCGUCCAUACUGGAGCUCGACCAUUUAUUUGUAAGAUUUGUGGAAAAGGUUUCCGACAGGCGAGUACAUUGUGUAGACACAAGAUUAUACACACAUCUGAUAAACCACAUAAAUGUGGGAAAUGUGGGAAAGCUUUUAACAGGAGUUCCACACUUAACACACAUAUGCGUAUACACCUCAACUACAAACCAUACGUGUGCGAAUUCUGCGGGAAAGGCUUUCACCAGAAAGGGAACUACAAGAACCACAAACUAACUCACAGUACCGAGAAACAAUAUAAAUGUAACAUUUGUAACAAAGCCUUCCAUCAAGUGUACAAUCUAACAUUUCACAUGCAUACCCAUAAUGAUAAGAAACCGUAUACAUGUCACAUGUGCGGGAAAGGAUUUUGCAGGAACUUUGACCUCAAGAAGCAUACACGAAAACUUCACAAUGGGAGUACUAUGCCAUCAACAUCAUCAUCAGCGUCGUAUUCUCUCGACAGCGCCUCGUACUCCAGACCAACAAACGUUUUAUCUCAGCCGUCGAUGCCUUCCCAUCAAAGUGCUUUUCUGUCAACAAGACCAAGCGCAUAUAGUAAUCCGUCUUUGGUAUAUCAUCGUAAUUUACUUUCUCAGUACAUGCUGGGUCAACCAGGAGCUGCAUACCUACAGAAAUUUAACUGUUUCGUGUAGGAUAAUGAUUGAAGGUAACUUUUGAUUAUUUCCACUCAAUACUUGUGAUAAACAGUUAUAGUAAACCAUUGAACAUUGUAUUAGAAGGAGAAACGUGCAAUACAGUAUGUACAAACAAUUGACUAGAUACGUAUUAUUUCAUUUUAUAAUUUUAAAAUUUUCACAAUUUUAGUAGAACGGCACAGUGAAUUUAACUAUAAUAGACAUUUAUGAUUUGAUUUUUAAUAUUUUAUUGUUUUGGUUUUAUUAAUCUUUUUACAUUUUCGGGUUAACAUCGACGUUUGGUGCAAAAAUGUUGCAGUCUUCGACAAGAAUUUUUUUCAUUUUUUUGUUAUUUUAAUGAUAGUGCUUGUUUUUGUGUAAAAAUAUUGACACAUAACCAUAAGAACUGUUUUUGUUG